AUGGAUAGUGCAAAAUGGGGAUGCUGUAUGCCUGAAGCAGAAAAUCAUGAUACGCAUAUUAAAUGCUUAAAAUGCAACAAACAAUAUGCUUGCAUGUCAAUAGACGAUGAUUCUUUUAGUCCAGAAAUGGUGAAAGUAUGGACAUGCCCAGAAUGUGUGCGUUAUUCUCGUCGCGGAAAGGAUAAAGAUUACACACCCGUACGCAAUGUUAGUACCACGAGGGCUUCUAAGAGGUUAGCUUUAAAUUCGCCGUCGGUCGAAAACGACGUAGCCAUCUCUAAGACCGAAAUACAGCGAAUAGUUCAGGAGACCUUUAAGGACAUAACGCAGGAUCUUUUAUCAGAGUUUAACUCCAAUUUAUUGGGCACUCUUACUAGUGAGAUUAAACCAGUCAAAGAAGAGUUAUCUGUCAUGAAUGAGUCUAUAAAAUUAAUUUUAAUACAGUACGAACAUCUAAAAAAUGAUAACGAAAAUAAUAAAUCGAGAAUUGCAUGUUUGGAGAAGGAGAAUGAAAAAUUAAAGAGCUGUAUCAAUGACCUUAAUUUGCGUUGUGGUGUUAUGGACCAGCGCAUGCGCAAUAAUAAUAUUGAGAUUCAGUGCGUUCCAGAAAACAAAAACGAGAACAUAUUGAACAUUGUUACUGAGUUAAGCAAGGCGGUGGGGGUGUCAGCUCUUGGACUCUGA